AGUGUGAUAGGAAAAAGAGAAUAAGAUAUUUUUAUAAUAUCUUAUAAAAAGUGUGCACGUGUGCACACCUAUUCACCAAAGUAGCACUCCGGAUUGUUUCAGUGUGAUUUCAGUUCUAACUGUUUUGAUUUGGUAUGUAAGAACUGAAAUUGUCCGCGCGAAAAUGUUAAAGCUAUUUAGGCGCAACGGCUGGUGGACUUUGCAGCUCCAAAGCACUCCCCGGCAACCCAAUUCCGGCUCGUACUUUCACUUCUCAACAACCGCAAGAGGCUGCGGUACUGAAUCGCAACCCACUCGCGUCGCUUCACCCCCGCCGGUCCAAGUAGGGUUCACCGAGUUUUCUGGUCGAGGGGUGUUUGCUAAGCGUAUGAUCGGGGCCGGCGAGAUGAUCCAUACAGCUAAACCCAUUGUAUCUCAUCCUUCUCUAUCCUCACUCCACGCUGUGUGUUAUUCCUGUCUCAGAAAGCUCCGAAACCAGCAAUGCCGAGCCCAAAGUGUCUCAUUUUGCAGCCAGGAGUGCGAAGAACAGUCCCGAAUCUAUUUUGCAGUUGAAAACAAAGCCGAUUGGUCCGCUUUUCAUGAGUAUUGCAGUACGCAUGGUCUGAAGUAUCCACUUUUGGUUAAGCGGCUGGCUUGCAUGAUAAUAGCAAAUGUUGCUUCUGCUGACAUCCUUGACUUACUUCAACCAGCAACUCUAUCUUCAACUAUGAUUCCAUUGAUGGAGAAAGAAUUACACUUGCUAAGAAGCACUUUUGCAGAUGCACAAAUAUCGGAUAAGCAGAUAGCAUUUCUAACCAGCCAAUGGUAUAUUAGUGUAAUAGCAAGGAUUCGCAUCAACGCCUUCCGCAUUGAAUUGGCUGGAGAAUCAUAUGAAGACCUUCUUUCAUCAGCUGCAGCACUAAUACAAGCAGAGGCUGCUGUUGGAAAUGCUGUUUAUUUGCUACCAUCCAUGUACAAUCACGACUGUGAUCCUAAUACACAUAUCGUGUGGCUACAAAAUGCAGAUGUAAAAUUGAAGGCUCUUCGUGACAUUGAAGCAGGAGAGGAGUUGCGGAUUUGUUACAUAGAUGCAAGUAUGAACCGCAACGCCAGGCAAACGCUCCUAUAUGAAGGAUUUGGCUUCAAAUGCAGCUGUUUGCGAUGCAUGUCUGAUGAGUGAGCAACCUCCUUUGAAGUUCACCAUCUUUGAUUUCUGAGCAAUACUCUCCGUCACUUACCAGGGCUAUAAAAACUCAAAUGGCAGGCAAGCUCCCAUCAAAGUAGGUUCUUUUACUUGUAGCUAAAUUUUAGAUGCAUAAUUUGAUGCCAGAGAAAGCUGGACUUUACUGAUUAAUCAUUGAGUUGUAUGUAAAAGUUUCAAUGUUCAGGACUUGUCUCGUUUGAUAAAGGCUAGUGAUUUUUCAGUUUGUAUAUGGUAUGUCUGGAUUUACUAUUCAUGCAAGUUGAAUGUGCAAUUCCUUGAAGAGAAUAAAGAAACUUCACAUGCAAAUCAUUUGAAGUAAUGUGCAUGGACAUCAAACACUGAUCAGACAUUUUAUCCCGGACACUCGAACUGGUUUUCCCGGUUCAGGUUGAAAUUGGUCCUAGGAACUGGUCCAACCCUGCCCAUGUUCCGGUUUCGUUUUUUAAGUGGCUAUAACUUAGGCCGGUAAUUGACCCAAAAACCAUAAUUAUAAGUGACCCAAGGACUAGUCUCAAACUGGACCGGAUACAACUGGUUAUGCUUCUAAUUCCACCCUUUACUUGACCCAUAAUUGUAACUGGACUCAAACUGACUGGGUCGGUUUCUUGGAAAAUCCAUUUAUUGGAAAAAUGAGCAAUUUUCAAAUGAUAAAUUUAAAAUAUGUUACGGUCCAUAUGUUACAGUGCACAAUGUAACAAGCGAGUAUGAGACUGGCUGCUUUGGAUCAUACAGACUUACAGAGUACAUGGCAAUUUUUGAAUUAUUUUUCAAUUUAGAUUGUCAUACUCCGUAUUUAUGUUGUAAUCUUGUUUUUAUAUUAUAUACCUAAUUAAAGUUUAUUUAGUUAUUUCGAAUGAUAGAAGAUCUAUUGAUAUGAGUAUCUUUCAUAUAAAGCAGGAAUGAUGUUGUUGGUUCUUCCUCAUGUACCUGUGGAAAAUGCUCUGUAGGUGAGACAUCAUGAGGAGGUAACAUGAAUGGAUAUUUUGACUCAAGAUACGAUUCUAGAGAUGCCGUGUUCAAUGAGCAAAUUGCACAAUUAUUGACAGAAUCAAAUCAUUUUUCAUAUACAAGAGCUCAUUCCCAAAGAAGGGGAAGUAAUCCCCAUGAGCGAUGCUGAAGAAAAAAGGGGUACCUCUAUGGAGAGCAAGAUGGAUUUAUCCUUUCUCUAUUAAAACAAAGUAAACCUAAACAAAAUGUUAAUUAUUGUUUAAUCCUUGAUCAGAUUUUUUAUUAUUAUUGGGAACUAU